AUGGCGUCGGGUUCGGAUUCCGACGCUCCAGAGACGAGCUACAUCAUGAAGGACAAGGAAGACGCCAGCCUGGUCGGCAAACACUGCCAGUACGAAUACUGCAAUCAGCUUGAUUUCCUCCCCUUUUUCUGCCAGUCCUGCACCAAGACCUUUUGCCUGGAUCACCGCUCAGAGUCCGCUCACAAGUGCACAAACCCGGGAGCCUGGGCGGAACGCAAACGACAGGCCCAGCUGGCAAAGCCCUCCAUCGGCCAAGGGAGGACGCUGCGGGAUAAGAUCUCAGAGAAGCCUUGCGCGUCGCCAACUUGCGAGACAACCAUCGGCACUUCGCUCACGCCGGGAGUUCACUGCGAAACAUGUAAUCGGGAUUACUGUCUAAAGCACCGCUUCAAGGAUGACCACAACUGCAAGAACUUGACGCCAAUCGGGGCGCGGCCUCUCCAGAUUGACGUUGCCCAAAGGACGAAAUCCGCGCUGGACCGGCUUCGAGCAUGGGGAACGGCCAAGAAGGAGCAAGCUGGCAGAGCGCUGCCAAAGCCCAAGCCCAGCUCGGCUGCAGCGCGGAUGGUGGCCGUCAACAGCCUGAAGAAAACCGCAAAGGGCGACGACAAGUUGGCUCCGGAGAAGCGCAUCUACGUGUACGUUGAGGCCGAGGCCGAGACGGCAAAGGCCAAGUUCCCCAAGGGAGAGUUUUAUUAUUCCAAGGACUGGGUAGUCGGUCGUGUGCUGGACGCGGCGGCGAAGAGCCUACAGGUGCAAAACGUCAACAACCAGAGCUCAGAUGAGAGAGACAAGCUGCGAGUGUUCCAUGUCGAAGGAGGCAGGGUUCUUGAUUACGGCGAGAAGGUUGGGGCGUCGAUACAGAGCGGGAAUACUUUGGUGUUGCUGAGGGGCGUUGGUGCGCCUGCGGACUUGAUUGAGGUAUAA